ACUCAACUCGCUGCUUUGGUUUUAAAAUCAUAUCUUGGUUCCUUAAUAAAUACAUGUAUUGUCAGUGUGAAUAAAACAUGUUGGAUACGACGAGGAGACAUUUAACUAGGACGUCAUUGUUAUUUCUUUUUCUAGUUUCAUACCUAAUUGUGUUAAUUAUACCAAUUUGGUUUUACACGUCACAGUAUGCAACGGCAAAAGUUGACAUUAAACAAAGUGAGGAGUUCGAAUCUCUUCUUCAAAAGGCUCAUGAUGAUCGACUAAACAACCUCGAGAAUUACACGCUUCCCAGUCCAAAUUGGGAUGGUGCUUCGGAAAUUAAUGAAUCAUUAAUGGAAUGUCCUGAUGUACCCCCGGGUCUUGUAGGCCGAAUAAAGCUUAGCGGUAACGUAACUCCCGCGGAAGUAUACAACGGCCAUUCCCUCGAGCGACUGAGACCCGGUGGAUACUACUCACCUUCGGACUGCCAUGCACGGGAAAAGCUUGCUGUUAUCGUACCGUAUAGAGGUCGUCGGCGGCAAUUGGUGAUACUGCUGUUCCAUCUGCACAACAUUCUACAGCGUCAACAGAGGAACUACGCCAUCUUCGUCGUAGAAAUGGCGUUUCCGACAGUGUUUAACCGAGGCUUAUUAGCAAAUGCAGGCUACAUUACGGCGCGACAGACUGGCAAAUUUUCGUGCAUUAUCGUGCACGACGUGGACCUGCUGCCCGUGAAUGAUCACAACAUUUACACGUGCGGGAAACAUCCACGGCACUUGAACGUCAACUCAUCCAAAUACGGAUACAAAUUGCUUUACAGCAGUUAUGUGGGCGGAGUUACAGCACUACGGGCAGCCCAGUAUGAGAAAAUUAACGGAUUUAGUAACGCCUAUUUCGGAUGGGGGAAAGAAGAUGACGACCUUUAUAAAAGAAUGACGAAAGAAGGUUACCGUAUUGAGCGCCCGGCCCACGAAAUCGGUAUUUAUGAAGAAAUACGGAAGUCACGGGCGGACUUUUCCAAUCCAAACAACCCUUUCUCAGAUAGCCUCCUCUCCCGCGCAGACAAACGUAUGAAGCAAGACGGCGUACGUCGCGUUCUCUACCGACGUUUGACGUUGGAGUAUCGCCAAUUAUUCACGUGGGUCUAUAUCAGCACGAGCGAACUAGACGUUAUGAAGUUCAUUUAUGCAGUUGAUCCCGAACUAAAGAAAUCAUAUGACAGAUUGAAGUUGCCGAAAUAGUCAGCAUUACUUAUCGUGGUGUUAUUUGUAUAUGCGCGUCAUGAUAUAUAGUUAAGAGAACUUAAGUUGUUAUCAUUUUCAAACAGAUGGUUUGUUGAAUAAGAACACCAGGGGCGGUUCCAGGAUUUGACGCUAGAUGGGGCGUAACUUAGGGUCGUAACCGUUUGAUUUGUGCCCCUCCCUCAAGGCAAAAUAAUUUAGCUUAAAUUGUUAGCGAACUUCUUCCCUAAAUUAAGUUUAACAAUUUCUAGUCCGAAAUUCUGGAUAUUGGGCGUUUCUUUUUUUUACUCUAUAUUGAAAUUAAAAGCAAUCUUUGACGUUUUAAGAGUGCAUCCGCUGGAUCCGCUAGUGCAGUACAGACUGCUUUUUAAGACUACCUAUGUGUGUAAUCUGGAACAACAAAACGUUCUGUAUGCAUGUGCAGAACAAAUUUGUUGGCAUUCAAAUUUGUCCGAUUUAACGGUUUUGUGGUAGUUAGUGCAAAUAGUAAGUUUUUGACCCAUAAAUUCUGAUUCUCAUUCCAGUAUGCACUGUAUACCGUCUCCGUGGCCUUGUGGUUAAGGCGUCCGCCUACGGAGCGGGAGGUCGUGGGUUCGAUCCCGGGCCGCUUCAUAUCGAAAGACGUAAUAUGCUGGUACAAGUAGCUCCCUUGCCUGGCGCUUGGCAUUUAAAGGGUAGUGCUUGGAAAAGUGGUGUACUCAGUACUGGUUCAACCCAGGAAAGUUGUAUCCCGUGUAUCGGUGCCUU